AUUAAUAUCAAUUCACUAAUGAUCAAAUCUGCGGAAUUCGUGAUGACUGUAAGCAGUUUUAUCUUGAGGCCUACUAAUUUACCUCAUGUGCUGGCACUCGCUAGCUAACGUUAGCUAGCAAUUCACUAAACUUCGUGCUGUAUGCGGAGCAUGGAUGUAUUAUUCAUCCAGAUGUGGAGUAGGAAAAAUGAUCAAUGAUUGGCGAAUUGAAAUAUAUUUCAUUCAAAACUUUUCGGGUAUCUGAAAUGGCAGGGACACACCGGACGUGGAAGCGAAUAGCCGCGAAGCGCCGCCAUUUUCCUUUCGGGGCACAUAUUAACCGAUUAUGUCGUUCACACCAGAAGCAAUCCGGUCUGGUCUAGAACCCUCUAAACCAUAUACAUCGUAUAUGAUAGACGGAGCAUCGAAUGCUACCGCCUACUGGCGCUGACGAGAUGCGGGGCCGCCAUCUUGGAGUGGUCAUCCGCUCCACUCAGUGUAAUCCGUUUGGCUGGAGCAAUGAACUGUCAGCGCAUUUAAUUAAUCAUACCUCACUGAAUACCACUGAUUUUCAUGCGGUUUUUUGUCAUACGUGUAGCUAUGAUAAAGGCCACAUGGUUUGGCGUGUUUUAUUAUUCAAUACUAAUUAUACCAAUAGUACGGUAAUGUUAAAUCAUUACCACUCCAAGAUGGCGGCCGUAUUUCUCGCGUCUCAGGAGCCAAUGCUCCGUCUAUCUAUAAGAUGUCUAUGCUCUAAACCCCCGCCGCUGCCGCCUCCCUCGCUCCCCCCCUUCACACAAAAUUGUUUAAGAUAUCAAAGCUAAAAAAUUGAGUCAAAAGGAUAAAUUCAUUGAUAACAGAAAAUACAAAUGGCCUAAAAUUUCUGAUCUUGUAGAAGGUUGGGUGUGUGGGUUUUUCAGUAGUGCUGUAGAUUAUACAUGCACUUUGAAAACGGAUGUUUUUGUAGCCAUGUGGAACUUGUUUUUUGGUUGUUAAUAACAUGCUGUAACUGACUUAUUGUUCUUUGUAUUCAUUCACAGGUGCUGUGUUAUGUGGCCAUGCAGAUUGUGUGACAGUAUAUUAUCUUCAAGUCGGAUCCAGACGUAUGGUGACCCUGAAGAGACACAUCGUCAUUACAGCCGAGCUGGACACCCCAAGGUUGCCAUCAACUCUCUGAAAAACAAGCGAAGUGGCCAGCAGUCUCCAGCAGCCAACAUCAAGAAGCCCAGGAAGGGAGAUGUACAUUUCUGUCCGAACAUCCCUAGUGGUGAAACAAUACACAGUUUGGAGAUGGAAAGGGUGGCUCUACUGAUGGAGGUAAAAAAGAAGAAAAGGGAUGAGGCCCUCAUCAAGGAAAAGAUGCAGCGUACAUUCUCCCUCAGGAGACAGGAGGUUCUCCAGGAGCCAAAGAUUCCAGAGUUUUUCAAUAAAUGGCCAGCACUCUUUGACGUCAUUGAGAUCAACUUGGAGUUUAUGCGGCUGACAACUGUACCACUGACCUUAACAUUUUUGAGGGAACUGGACCGCCUGACCGGCGACCUGAUCAGGGUUUUCAACACUAAAGGGGGAGCUGCAGGGGAAAAAAUCGGAGCCAUGAUGGCAAAGAUGGAGAAUAAUCAAGACAUCAACGUGAGGCGUGAUUGCGUUUUGAGAUGUCUCAGCAUCUACCUCUGUGAAGACCUGGACACAUUGGUCAAAGAAUACGUGGAAGUAAAUCCAAAUGGUCCGGAGGGGCCUGAGGUGAAGGGACGGGUCCUGGCACCUAAGCGUCUCCCAUCUGCCAGCAACAAUUCUGCCCCAAACAAGAAGGAUGCAUGUUGUGGACUCUCAGCUUAUGAGCUCCAACGCCUGAAGAACAUCGGGGAGAGGGAAGCCUUCUUUUCGUCCUUGAUGUUAUUGCAAGCAGCUGAGGAUCUGAGGCAGACUAUAAAGCCAAAGCCGGAUGUGAAGAGGUCAAAUGCUUCGUUGGAUAAAGUGCAGUCUCUUCUGUCUUCCCGGAAAUCCUUGCGUCUUAAGGAAGCACAAAACCUUAGCCUCAGAGUAGGACGAACCUAUGAACAUGCUUUUAGGGAGUCAAAGAUCUUGAGGACAUCGAAUGCAGUGAGGCCGAGGCAGAUGUCGCAGGGACAACCAUGGCAAUCUACACCGUUCAAGCUGAGGGUGAUGAUCAUGAUGGUCCUGGUGGACUCUUUGCAGAUGUCGGUAUGGUCCUGGAAGGGGUCCAAGUUCUCAACAACCUCCAAAGUAUCAACCGUAAUGCUUUAUGGGUUGGUCUAUGCUCUUAAUUUGAGCUAUCCAAAAAACUUGAAGUAUACAUUCGAAGCUUACCAGAAGAUCCUGAUGGACCUGGAAUCGUCCAAACCUUCCCCCAAAGUACGAGCACUGAAACUCAAAUUGCUCAGGUGACUCUUUUUUUGGGGUGGGGUGGUGAUGGGAGGAGGAAGUACAGGAAGAGGCCGCCCAUACAUGCUGAUAACCAUGUGUUUUAUAGUGUUCCAGUACGUUCACAACCUUGAAGAUUCACACAUCGAACACACAGAAAGCUAGAAACGGAAGGUGCUCAGUUAACUAUGUUCUACUACUAUAUGUUUAAUGUUGUUGAGCCUGUAGAGUUUGUUCUGUCCUUUCAUAUCCCAUUACUGCGAUCGUUCCAGCAGAUACAGAUGUAAGGAAUGUUGUUGAGCCUGUAGUUUGUUUGUUUGUUCUAGAUCUAGAAAAAAGAGCAGGUCCUUUACUGCCAUUGUUGGAGCAGAUACUAACUUGCCUCUGUUCUAUUGAAAUUACAAAACAUGUUUCAUGUUCCAUCUAUAGCAGUAGAUGACUUGGUUGAAGAGCUACACUACCUGCUGAGAACAGUGUCUGUGUGAAGAGAAGCGUUAAUAAAUUAGUUGAAUCAACAAGGUGGUCUGAUUGUAUGCAUCAUUGAGAUAUUGUUGAAUUUCAAACAAAUACACAAUCAUCUUGAAUAGGUA